AUUUACAUCAUAUAUAUGCAGACAAACGAUGCAACCCUCCAAGCCCCAACUUCAACCAAACCCCUUUUUCUUCACAUCACACCGGCGUUAAAGAUUCCGUCCACUUCUCCGAUCUCUUCUCCGGCGACUUUUCAAUCUCCCUCAUCGGGACGAUGGGAAGAGAAUGAGGAGCUAGAAGCGGCGAUCAUGUCCGUGUCGAUUUCCAAGUGCUUCUCCGAUUUACUCUGCCAGGAGGAUUCCUCCGGCGUCUUGUCCGGCGAGUCGCCGGGAUGUUCUUCCGACCUCGAUUGUACAGCCUGCGUCGAGGAAUCUAUUGCCGCUUUAAUAGAGGACGAGCGGCACUUCGUCCCCGGUUACGACUACUUGUCCCGCUUCCAGUCUCCGUCGCUGGACGCCGCCGCUAGAUUAGACUCUGUUGCAUGGAUUCUUAAGGUUCAAUCCUACUACGGUUUUCAGCCGUUGACGGCGUAUCUCUCCGUCAACUAUUUGGAUCGCUUCCUUUGUUCUCGCCGUUUGCCGCAAACAAAUGGGUGGCCUCUGCAACUCCUCUCGGUUGCUUGCCUCUCACUGGCUGCUAAAAUGGAGGAACCUCUGGUUCCUGCUUUACUGGAUCUUCAGGUUGAGGGGGUUAAAUAUAUAUUUGAACCAAGAACAAUAUGCAGGAUGGAAUUGCUGGUGCUGAGGGUAUUGGAUUGGCGGCUGCGUUCUAUAACGCCGUUCAAUUUCAUUGCGUUCUUUGCUUGCAAGCUCGAUCCCUCCGGGGAUUUCAUCGGCUUUCUUAUUUCGCGAGCUACAGAAAUUAUACUAUCGAAUAUCCGAGAGGCUAUGUUUGUGGAGUACUGGCCAUCGUGUAUAGCGGCGGCCGCGUUGCUUUGUGCAGCAAAUGAAGUCCCGAAUUUGUCUGUUGUCAAUCCAGAACAAGCCGAAUCGUGGUGCAGUGGUCUAAGGAAAGAAAAUAUCACCGGUUGCUACCGGUUAAUGCAAGAGAUUGUGGUUGAUAGUAGCCGGAGCAAGUGCCCCAAAAUCUUACCUCAGUUUAGAGUGACAGUCCGCACUAGAAUGAGAUCAAGGGACUCACCCUCCUACUCCUCCUCUUCAUCAUCUUCGUCAUCACCAAACAAAAGGAGAAAAUUAAACCACAACCACUGGGUAGAUGAUGACAAAGGUAACACCGAAGAAUGAGGAGUCAAACAAAAAAAAAUUGGCCCACAACUUUGUCUAGAAAAGAAAAAAAAWGGGUAGAAUCCUCGAUAUUUUUUGGGAGGGUUUAGAGGUUAAUUAACAUAACUAGAAUGGUGAGUGUUAAUUAUAGUAUAUAGUUGUAUGGAAUCUCAGAGUUCGGUGAGCUGGGAGAUCUCAAUAAUUUAUUUAUUUUAUUUACUUUUUUUGUUGGUGGGCAAUUGCCAUUCAUUAAUGGCUUUGCAGAUUCCCAAGGGGGAAUGGAAGGGAAGGGGUUUGUUUGAUUUUUAGGGAAAUGGCGAGAGAGCGUUGAAUAAGUGGAGUCGUGUAGUGUGAAAGAAAAGAGUUGGGGGGAAAUUGAGGAUUUCAAAUUCUGCAACUGGGCAGUGAGUGGGACCUACUCUUGCCUAGAGAAGAGAAAUCAUCAAGUGGGCGGUGGCAUAUGGAUUGAAGUUUGAAGUUUGAAGUCAGAGGUGGUAGCAUUCGGCAUUUGCAUCAAAGUUUUCCCAUCUCCAACAACUAUAUUUUGCUCCCCAAGGUAUGGGCAGUAAAUAAAUUGACAGGUGGCUCCAAUUUACGACUUUGAGUGGUGUGGUUAUGCACACGCUUUUUGGUGCGUGGCAUGCUCUUCUCUUGUGUCAUGUGUGUGUACUGAACUGGAAGUGCAUCUUUUUUUUUGGUACGGCCUUUAGAGCCAAUUCGGCCCGGCCCUUCUGAGUUCUGAGUUGUUCUCUUCUCACACGUAUAUGUUGGUCAUACAUGUGUGACAAUUUUUAUUCUCUCUUUUUUCUUUUUUUCCUCACUUUUAAUUUAUUUAUUUUUCACGGAUCCAAAAAAUCCCAUGUAUACGAAAGGUCUUUGGGGCCUUUGAAUGCUUGUUGUAUUGGUUUCAAUCAAUGUGAUUAAUUUUCACUCAUUUCUCUGUC